AAUAAACAUCCAGUUUUUGCAGUCGUACUUUGAGUAAAGUCUGCAGUAUACUGUAUUCAAUAGAAAUGACUACAACUGGGAAGUCUGUUCAAUUUGUCGAUAACGAAGACGCGCCGUCUGAAAUAUUUAGUCUCCGGCCAAGUGAUAUCUAUUUCACACGGAAAUACAUAGCCUUGGAUUUCCGCGACGGUUCACUUGUUCACGACGUUAUCGACGAUAUCCAAAAUAGGGAAUUGUCAUUGAAAGAUGUUCAACCGAUCUUGGUAUUCAAAGAGGGCGGGAAAUGGAAAACCUGGUACAACCAACGCCUUUACGUUUUGCGGGUGCUCGAACAUCGAGGAAUCAUGGAGUAUGCUGUGGCCGAAGUCGUGAGCAAAUACAGCAGAGGCUACAAAGCUAUUACGACGGAGAACGGCGGGCGCACGGUUGAGGCUCGCUAUUCGGAGGUGUACGAUCACGGCCCACUAGAGGUACUGACUAAAGACCAAAAACCAACUACAGAAGAUGGUAGCCCACCAAAAGAACCAGCUACAACCGAUGUAAACUGUGAGGUUUUAGAGCAGUCGGGGUCCCUGGAUGUUGAAACACAAACGGAAGACAAAGCUAAUGAUCUACAGCACGAUAUCUUUCCUGACACCUCUAGCUCUAGCGAAGACACGAAAGUGUCGGAUGGCGUUAGUACGCACAACAAUGAACCACAAGGUUGGAUGAAUACGUUGAAAGAAUGGAAAAACAAUAUAGAAGAUUACAACGAAAUGGUCGAACCUGUUAUGUUUGUUAUUCUUGCAUCUGUAUUAUUACACCUCGGUAUAUUCGUGUGGCAAUUGGUUCCUUAAAUAAGUGCAUGCUGCAAUUUUAACAUAUUUGCAUAUUAGUAUUUAUAGUAAGUUUAUAUUUGGAGUCGCAAUAAAAUCAAGAGAACAAACGUGA